AUGGGUUGUAAUAAAUAUUUGCCAAGUUUAUCACAAAAUUUAAUUGAAAUAUUAGACGAUGAUGAAUAUUAUGAUAUCAUCAUUGAAGUUGGAAAGGAUUCAAAUAUAGAAGUAUUCCGUGCUCACAUGGUUAUUUUAUAUAUUUAUGGAGGACAUUUUUCUAUAGAGGAAUAUCAUGUAUCGGGCAUCGUCAAGGUUUUAGAAGCUGUCGAUGAAUUAGGUCUUCCAAGCUUUGAACAUGAAUCUCUCUCUGAACUCCAAAAAUUUUGCACUAAAAUUGCUUUUAAGGAACCCGGUAAGAUAUUUACCUUGUCAAAUUACUAUUCAAUUCCAGAGAAAUUAUUGGUCUCACUCAUUCAACACGAGAACCUUAAAAUGAGUGAUGCUCAAGUUUGGGAACAUGUGUUGAAAUGGGGAAUCUCUCGGAAUCCCAGGCUUUUUUCAAACCCUUCUAAUUAUUCAAUCGACGAUUUUGUCAUUUUGAGGAAUACCAUACAACAUUGCGUUCCAUUCAUUAGAUUUUAUAAUUUGACUUUCAAGGAAUUCUUGGAUAAAGUAUCCCCUUAUGAGAAGAUUUUACCCGUAGAAUUAUACAAAGGUUUAUUAAAAAAAUUUAUGAAUCCUAACAAUCAUAGACCAAGCAAAAAAUUUGAAUCGACUCAAGAUGAUUAA